AUGCCGGUGCCGCCGCCGGAUAUCCUCCAUGAUCUCGGCCAGCUCCUCUCCUCGGGAGAAGGGGCGGACGUGACGUUCGAGGUCGGCGGUGAGAUCUUCGCCGCACACAGGUGUGUCCUUGCCGCUCGUUCCUCCGUCUUCAGGGCGGAGCUUCUGGGUCCAAUGAAGGAGAGCACAUCAAUGUGCAUGCAGAUAGAGGACAUGGAGCCAAAAAUAUUUCAGGCAUUGCUUCAUUUUAUCUACACCGAUUCGGUGCCUGAGAUCGACGAUGCUGACGCAGUGGGGAUGGUCCAGCAUUUGCUUGUCGCCGCGGACAGGUACAGCCUCAAGAGACUGAAGUUGACCUGCGAAGACAAACUAUGCAGUUACAUCAACACUAGCACAGUGGCCACUACAGUGGCACUCGCCGAGCAACAUGCUUGUCCUGCACUCAAGGAGGAAUGCUUCAGAUUCCUCGAGUCCUGUAACAAUAGCAUGCUGGAUCUGAUCACACGGAGUUCUGACUUUGAGCAUCUAGCAAGAAGUUGCCCGUCUAUUAUGAAGGAGCUUAUUCCCAAACUUGCUCGCAAACCCCCUUGUGUAAAAAAAUAUAGCAACAUGUAA